AUGGGCAGGCCGAAGUCUCCAACAGGGAGCUCAAAAAUUCUAGAGAAAACAGUGAGUGCCUUCAGGAAGGACUGGGCAAGAAAGCUUGACGAUGCCCUUUGGGCGUAUAGAACAGCUUUCAAGACUCCUAUUGGGAAGUCACCCUACCAACGGGUCUAUGGCAAAGCAUGUUAUUUACCAGUGGAACUAGAACACAGGGCCUACUGGGCAACCAGAUUCCUUAACUUCAAUGCCAAGGUUGCAGGAGAAAAAAGACUACUCCAGCUUAAUGAGUUGGAUGAAUUCCGACAAGCUGCAUUUAAGAAUGCUAAAAUUUACAUGGAAAGGGUCAAGAAAUGGUACGAUAAAAAGAUCUCUUCCAGAGUCUUCGAGCCUGGCUAG